AUGUACAAGACUCAAUUGAUCAAGAACCAACAACACCAAUUGUUGCAAUUAAGAUCUUUAUCUUCAACUGCUAGAUGUUUGAAAUUUGCUGAAAUUCCAUUGGCUCCACCUGACAAGAUCUUGGGUAUAUCUGAGGCUUACAACAACGAUUCAAACCCCCAAAAGAUUAACUUGGGUGUCGGUGCUUACAGAGACAACUCUGGUAAACCAAUCAUUUUCCCAUCAGUCAAAAAAGCUGAAGAAAUUUUGUUGAAGAAGGAAACUGAAAAGGAAUAUACGGCAAUUAUUGGAUCGAAAAACUUCCAAUCCAUUGUCAAGAACUUUAUCUUCAACAACUCAAACAAGGAUGCCAACGGUAAAAAAUUGAUUGAUGAUGGAAGAAUUGUCACUUCUCAAACCAUUUCUGGUACUGGUUCUCUUAGAGUUAUUGCUGACUUUUUGAACAGAUUCUACACAAACAAAAAGAUUCUCGUGCCAAAACCAACUUGGGCUAACCAUGUUGCUGUUUUCAAAGAUGCUGGAUUGGAACCAGAAUUUUACAACUAUUACGAAACCAGUAAAAACGACUUGGAUUAUGGAAACUUGAAGCAAUCUUUACAAUCACAACCAGAAGGUUCCAUUGUCUUGUUGCAUGCUUGUUGCCACAACCCAACUGGUAUGGACUUAACCAAUGAACAAUGGGAUGAAGUUUUGCAAAUUGUUCAAGACAAGAAAUUCUUCCCUCUUGUUGAUAUGGCUUACCAAGGUUUUGCCAGUGGUAAACCUUACAAUGACAUUGAAUUGAUUAGAAAAUUGACCAAAUUGGCUAAUGAAAACAAGAUUCCUACUUUUGCCUUGUGUCAAUCUUUUGCUAAAAACAUGGGGUUGUAUGGUGAAAGAUGUGGAUCAAUCUCAAUCAUUACUCCAUCAGCCAACGAAUCAAAAGCCAUUGAAUCCCAAUUGAAGAAGUUGAUUAGACCAAUUUACUCAUCCCCACCAAUCCACGGAUCCAAGAUUGUUGAAGUCAUAUUUGACGAGUCAAGUGGAUUAUUACCUCAAUGGUUGGAUGAAUUGGAUAAAGUUGUUGGAAGAUUAAACAAUGUACGUCAAAAGUUAUACGACAACUUGGACAAAUCUAGUUACAACUGGGACCACUUGUUGAAACAAAGGGGUAUGUUUGUUUACACCGGAUUGUCACCCGAACAAGUGAUAAAAUUGAGAAACGACUACAGUGUUUAUGCUACUGAAGAUGGUAGAUUCAGUAUUUCAGGAAUCAAUGACAACAAUGUUGAAUACUUGGCCAAUGCUAUAAACGAAGUGGUUAAAGGAAACUAA